UUGACAGGCAUGUUUUGAUUUGUGUGUGUGAGUGUGUCUAACAUGGUGAGCUGUUGUACAUUUACCGGCUGCACGACUGACAAAAGGAGCGUUUGAGAGCUGAACAUGGAGAGACGAGAGUUCAUGGCGUCUCUGGUGGCAGGAGGCUGUGCUGGGAUGUGUGUGGAUCUCACCCUCUUCCCCCUGGACACCAUUAAGACCAGACUGCAGAGUCAGCAGGGCUUUUACAAGGCCGGGGGCUUCAGGGGCAUUUACGCUGGGGUCCCAUCUGCUGCAGUCGGCUCCUUUCCCAAUGCCGCUGCUUUCUUUGUCACCUACGACUACACAAAGUCCCUGCUCGGCGCCGGUGGAGCGCUGGCCGCACCGCACGCAGCACCUGUCACUCACAUGCUGGCUGCCUCCUUGGGUGAAACAGUGGCAUGCUUGAUCCGGGUGCCCACAGAGGUGGUCAAACAGAGGACCCAGGCUUCUCCUUCAUCCACCACCUACCGCAUACUGCUGGCUACACUCAGAGAAGAGGGUGUUCGGGGCUUGUACAGAGGAUACGGGAGUACAGUUCUCAGAGAGAUCCCGUUCUCACUGGUGCAGUUUCCACUUUGGGAAUAUUUAAAGACUCUGUGGUCGCGGAGGCAAGGUCACACGCUCUACUCUUGGCAGGCUGCAGUGUGCGGAGCUUUUGCAGGGGCGGUGGCGGCAUUUGUUACCACUCCUCUCGACGUGGCGAAGACCAGGAUCAUGCUCGCAAAGGCCGGGUCGACCGCAGCGAGCGGCAACAUCACGCUGGUGCUCUAUGACGUGUGGAAGAGUCGAGGGCUUACAGGUCUGUUUGCAGGCAGCAUACCGAGGAUCACCUUCAUCAGCGUUGGAGGCUUCAUUUUCCUAGGAGCCUACGAGAAGGUCCGCCGCACCUUGCUGUAACAAACGCCGCCUCUCUGACCGUCCGGAGCUCAGCAGGGAAAGUAGCACCCUCAUCCCAGAGCAGAGGCCCCCCCCCUCAUGCGCCUCCAUGCCGCUUGGGGCCCCGAGAAGCAAAGAAACGGCUCCAGGGAAGAGUGGACCCAAGCCUGAUGGCGUUGCUAAGGGUGCUGCAUUCCUGCUCAUCAGUCAUCAUCAGUGCCCUGCUGGUGGAGUUUAACAGCAGCAGAGGUUUGGCGACAUAGAAGCCACACCCUCAC